GAGCGGCGCAGUCUAUUUCUAUCCACCGAUUGUUUAACCCAACUAGUGGGCGUGACUAGAAUGUCAAUGAAACUUCCGAAAUGUCAUUUGUCCAACGAUCCUGCAUAUCCAUCUACAUAGUGCAAGUUCGUUCUGAAACUUCUGCUGUUACGGGGAUCCUGUGAUUUUAUUUACAAACUGAUACUUCUGCUGUUACAGGGAUCCGGUUACUUUACUUGCUAUCUGAAAUUUCUGCUGCUACUGGAUCCUAUUAUCUACCUACAAAAUAAAAAUUCUGCUGUUAGGGGAUCAUGUUAUCUACUUACAAGUUACAAACUGAAACUUCUGCUUCUACGGGAUCCUGUAGCUGUGUACAAACCUACGGUGGCGUGGAUGCUUCUCUGUGAUUAGCUCACUACCGGUACAGUUUCUGUGGUCAGGAGCUCUCAGAUGAUUCUGCUACUGAAUUUCAUCAAGGACACGAGGAUGUGACAUCAAAUAUUGACAAUGGCAGUUCAGUGUUAUGCUGAGAUUGUAAGAAGGAGUCGAGAAAUAUUGGUUAGUCAGAUCAGAAACACCAAGUGCUUGCUAGAAAACCUGACUAAAAGUCAUUAUCUUUCUGCUGAAGACAACGAGAUUGUUUUACAGUUUCAAACACGAUCAGAUAAGGUUCGACAGAUUCUGGAUCUAGUUGAAAGUAAAGGGGAAGAAGCCUGCGAGUAUUUUAUCAGUAUCCUUCAGAGAGUACCUGAAGCAUAUUAUGAUUUACAGCCCUGGUUAGAUGCGAUUGGUUUUCAAGCAUCUGAGUCAAUUCAGCAGUUGACUGUUCUUAACAAUGAUCCAGUUACUCUGUACAGCAGUAAGCUCAGACGUGAGUUAUGCUGUGAUUCCAAGUUUAUCACCUCGUACACAGAGAAGGAAGAGAUGCUUUUUCAGGAAACCUAUGUGGAUGGAGUCAUGGAGCUCAUAAAUCAGAGAAAUGAAAAUAUGGGAAGAAUGAAAAAUCUGAAUUCCCUCUUUGAUGAGAAUGGGUUGCUCAAUAACGAUGCAGAAACUAUCCUUAUUAUCGGUGAUGCUGGUAUGGGAAAGACUCUCUUAAUGCAAAAAAUGCUGAACUUGUGGGCUAAAGGAGACUCUUACAGAGACAUAAAAUUUUUAUUUAGGUUUAGAUGUCGGAUGUUUAUAUUUUUAAAACGGAACACUUUACUGUCACUAAAAGACCUCAUAUUUAGGUAUAACUGCUGCCCAGACCAUGAACCAGAGGAAGUGUACACAUAUAUACUUAGGUUUCCAGAGACUGUGUUGUUUACAUUUGAUGGCUUUGAUGAAAUUUCUUCUGAUUUUGACAUGGACAGUAUUUCAGAGGUCCCCUCACCCUUUGAUCCUACAGACCCACUAGCACUUCUUAAAAAUCUGCUCCAUGGAAAGCUGCUGACCGGUUCCAGGAAAGUUCUGACCGCCAGGACUGGAUGCCACAUCAGCUCAAAUAUUGUCCGUAAGAAAAUAAUGCUGAGAGGCUUCUCUACAGAGAAUCUGCAGGAAUACACUACUUUGUUCUUCAAAGAACCUGAAUUUCAGGAACAUGUAACAAAACACCUCAACGCUAAUCACAGCUUUAGCAGUUUGUGCUCUAUCUCUCUGUUUUGCUGGAUUAUCUUCAAGUCAUAUGAACACUUUUAUUCCAUAAAUGGAAGCAGCUGUUUCUCAAGCAGCUCUGUAACAUUGACAGACAUUUUUUUACUCAUUAUUGAAGUUUACCUCAACCCCUCUUGUAAGACCUCCCAAAGGAAAACCAUUAGAAGCCAGGCAGAUUUAUAUAUGGUCAAUAAGGAAAUAUUGCUGUCCAUUGGAAAGCUUGCUUAUGAUGGAAUGGAUGAAUCACAAUAUGUAUUCAAUCAGGGUGAAACUACAUCUCAAGACAUCCCUGAUAAUGUUCUUAAAUUAGGGUUCUUCAAAACAGUCAAAGAGUACAAUGGACUUGGCAAUACUUCUUCCUUUGAGUUCUUUCAUGUUACACUGCAGUCUUUUUUUGCAGCCUUAUACCUAGUAAUAAAUGAGCAAAUUAGUUGUGCAGAUCUUCUUAAAUAUUUUACUCAUUGCACUCGUAAGGAGGAUACAGAAAAUAUUAAUUCUUUUUUCUCAUGUGUUUGUGCGAAGAGAAGUAACAAAUGGAACCCCUUUGAGAACAAUGACCACCUGCAGUUUAUAAAUCUUUUCCUCUGCGGUUUGUUAUCCAAACCAAAACAAAAUCUUCUUAAGAUACUUGUCUCCUCUUCGGUUCUCAAAGUUAAAAGGAAAGCUCUCAAACAAAAACUUUUCAAAAGCGUCAAAUCUCACUUGAAAGGUUUGCCUCGUAGACCGGUACUGGGCUAUAACUGUGUUCAUGCUUUGACCCACUUUAUUUGGAUGGCAAGAUGCAUAUGUGAGACACAGUCUGAAAAGGUAGGAAAGUUAGCUGCCAAAGGGAUAUGCGCAGACUACAUUAGACUAGUUUAUUGUGGCAUUUAUUCUUCUGACUGCUCGGCCAUCUCUUUUAUGUUGAGCCAUUACCACAAAAAAAUUGCUCUGGAUUUGGAUAACAACAAUAUAAAUGACUAUGGAGUGAAAGAACUGAUACCAUGUUUCAGCAAGCUUACUGUGAUUAGACUCAGUGUUAAUCAGAUCUCCGAUGAGGCAGCACGAGUGUUGUAUGAGGAACUGACAAAAUACAAGAUCAUCACCUUUCUUGGGUUAUACAAAAAUCUCAUCACGGAUUUUGGAGCAAUGUAUGUGGCAAAGAUCAUUGAAGAAUGUCCACAACUCAAGACUGUGAAGUUUGGGAGUAAUUGUAUCACAAGUGAAGGAGGUACAUCUAUUGCACGUGCUUUGCAGCAUAAUAAGAAUAUUCAAGAUAUUGGAAUGUGGGGGAACAACAUUGGUGAUGAAGGAGCCAUUGCUUUUGCAGAGGCAAUAAAGCACCACCCAGGCUUGGCCAAGCUAAGUCUUGGUUGCAAUGAGAUCACAGAUGAAGGUGGACAACAUCUUGCAGCUGCUCUUCAACACAAUGCCUCUUUGAGAAUAUUCUGGUUGACACAAAACCAGCUCACUGAUGAAGCAGCUAACUACCUUGCUGAAAUGCUGACUGUUAAUAAGACCCUGAAAAACCUUUGGCUUAUAAGCAAUCGAAUCACAGAAAAUGGAGCCAAUGUUCUGUCAGAAGCCCUGAAACACAACAUUGUUUUGGAGGAAAUUUGUUUACAAGACAACCCACUUCCUAAAGAAAUGAAUGAGCCUUAUGAUAGCAGAAUCAGGAUUACUUAAAAUAUGAAACCGGUAUAAAGGUGGAAUAAAAGACGUUAACAGUUCUUGAGGCAUAUAAGUACUUCUGAAUGAAAUUGAUUCAAAGUAGUGGUAAAGACAACAACUACCACCUUCUUCUCCAAGAAACUACGCAAAAGUUAAGUGUGGCGGACUUUUGGCUUUGAUGGUGACUGUCUCCAUGGUGAUUAUGACGUGUUAAAAUGCAGCAUUAGCAUCAAUACAUGGAAGCAAGCAGCAAAAGGAAUUAUGUUCUCAUGUGUAUCAGCCAAAGACAGCGCCCAGAUAGAGGCCAAAUAGAGACAGCAAACCCGGCUAAUAAAGCCUCUGUACAGCAUGAUAUUGCACUUGUGAGUUUAGUAUUUUAAGUGUUUGUAUCACAUUGUCCUAUUUGUAAAGUCAGUAUGCGUUUAAGUUUAUUUAUUUUUUAUCUGAAAAGUUCAGUUAUGGUGAGAUUUUAGAAUUGUCUCUGAAACAUAUUCUAAUUUAAAACAGAUCCGAUGAACAUGCAUUUAAAAAAGCACAUGACACAUAAGUGUAUUCACAUCAAGCAUGGUUGUGUCUGUAUUCGGCUAAUUGCCAUCUUAGGUCUUACAUAGAUAUUGCUUUUGGAACAGAAUUGUAUACCAAUGCUAAACAAUAAAUUAUUUACUUUAUUAUU